AGGACUUCCUAUACAUAAUAGCCAUUAGAAGACCUCCACGGCUCCACAUCUUCUAACUAUGGAAGAAGUAAAACUACAUGGAUUCUGGCCUAGUCCAUAUAGCCAUAGAGUUAUAUGGGCACUGAAACUGAAGGGUGUCAAGUACGAUUACAUCGAAGAAGACCUAUCCAACAAGAGUGAUUUGUUAUUACAAUACAACCCAAUUUAUAAGAAGAUCCCUGUACUUGUUCAUGAUGGCAAGCCAAUUGUUGAGUCUUGUGUUAUUCUUGAAUACAUCGAAGAAACUUGGCCGGAGAAUCCAUUGCUGCCUAAAGAUGCUUAUGGCAGGGCAUUAGCUCGGUUCUGGAUUAAAUUUGUAGAAGAAAAGGGCCUAGUUUUCUUUGCAUUUUUCAAAAGUAGAGGAAGUGAACAAGAGAAGGCUGCAAAAGAAGUAGUAGAAGUACUGCAAGUGUUAGAAGAGCAGGGUUUAGGUGACAAGAAGUUCUUCAACGGUGACUCUAUAGGAUUGGUAGACAUAGUAUGCGGAUGGCUGGCUCACUGGUUCGAGUGCACAGAAGAAGUAGUGGGCGUCAAAUUGCUUGAUUCAAACACUUUGCCUCGCUUGCAUGCAUGGAUCAAGAAUUUCAGACAAGUUCCAGUAAUCAAAGACAACCUUCCUGACCGUCAUAAAUUCGUUCUGCACCUUAAGUGCUUGAGGGACAAGUUUGUUGCGGAAGCUUGAUGGCCAUAAUGGACAUGUUGACUUGAUCAAGAAUAAAUGAAACAUCAUAAGUUGAUUUUCUCUAUUUUCAUUUUCUUAAAGCUAUUGGUUAGUUAUUAUGACAAACAUAGUAUUGAUCUAGUGUAUUUGGAUACCCUGUGGUAAGAGUUCUGUCAUUUUGUCAUAUUGUAUUGACAAAGAAAAAAAUUUCAGAGAGAAGUUUGUACCAAAAGGGAAAAGCUUCAGGUACAACGAACAAGAAUGUUGUAAAACUAGCCACCAAAUCAAUGCUGUUUUAACUGGAAUCUGUACCAAUAAAGGAACCCCAAAAAGGGCGUUGUUCAGUUGGACCA